AUGUUCCUGUUCAGUUUAGCCGAUUAUCUGCAGUCUGUGAAAUAUCGUUUUCUGUAUCAGAGAGCAUUGGCGGAUCCGGGAGAUUACAUCAACGCCGGCUUCGGAAUUCCGAUUGGUGUUCGCACGGAGCUGUCGACGAAGGACGCUGCGUUCGCUCGAUCAGUUACGGCCGACAGUUCUGCAGCGCAUGUCACUCAGCAAAGCGAGGAGCAGCGAGCAGGCAAAACGGAGAAUGAGCAUGAAGAACUGGUAUUGAAAAUUUUGAAGCGAUUUUUUUGUUUUGAACAUUUUUGUUUUAAAACUUGA